AUGACUGCAGGAUUCGCCGCAAUUGGGCAGGUGCUUGGGAUGUCGAGGGAGGAGCUGAUCUCUGCCGGCGAAAACAUGCUGCAGAAGCCUGCCUGCGCUGUGCAGGGAGCGGGAGUGUCGCUCGACAGCAAGUUCGCGUCAGCCGUUGGAGCGUACCCCUGCUUCCCGGCACAUCUGCCGAUCCCCGGGACGGUUCCACACUGGCUGUUGUCGCGCCAGCAGGGAGCUGCGGUUUCACUAGUCCAGCCAUCCUAUCCUGUUUACGGCAUCGCGCAGAGCGGUGCGGGCGCACACCCCGGCUUCACAGCUGUGCCUAAGCAGGAGCCCUUGGCCGGAGGAGAGGAUUCUGACGAGGACGGAGAGGGGGAGACCGAGCCAGGAACAAAGCCGACCAAGUACACCGGGGUGUAUGUGGAGGCCGAUACAGGCAAGUUUGGGGUGAAGGUUGUCGCCAAGGACAAGGACGGAAAGAAGGUAACGAAGAGAGUCGGCGCUUACACCACGAUAGAGGAGGCAGCGUAUUGCUACGCGGCAGCAGCCCACGUGCUGAGGCCAGGCAUGGGCACCAGGAACUCUGUGGCUUUAACACCGGCGGAUAGGGCAGCUUUGAAGGGGUGCACUCCUGAAGUCCUAAAAGUCCUGGUGGAUGCCCGCAUGUGGUGGCGCUGGAGGGUAUGGAGGGAGGCGUACGAAGGUGUGAUGCGGAAGGCAGCGCGGGCCAAGAAGAAUGCAACGCCUGCUAAAAGGGGGAGACCGCGAAAGGAGAGUGGUGCGCAGGGUGGUGGCACGGCAGGAGAGGGUGAAGGAGAGAAGGCUGGAAGUGAGGACACUGAGAUCGUUGCCAUCGAACCAACCAACAGCAGGGCGCUUGGGAGGCUCCGCAGUGCCGAUGCAAAGUCCACGGAUGACAAGACAGAUGAAGCUGGUCGUGGGAGGCAGCAGGAUGAGACUACGGGGGGGGAGACAUCUGACGCUUCUCCCGGCAGAGUAGGCAAGCAAGCGGCGGAGAGUGACUCGCCAGAUUCGCGUUCCAAGAGCGACGUUGAUCCGCGUCUGGCUCUCCGGAAUCGAGGCGAGGACGUUGACGGGGGCGACCAGGCACGCAUCGAGAGCGACGUCAACGCUUUCGAAGAGGAGGAUGACGAGGAUGUGGGCGACGCGAUGCGCGCGAUGUUCGAAACCAACACGAACCGCGAGAACACGGAUGCCCCAACCAAUGGAGAGGAGGUGCGCGUUUCUGCGGGAGUAUUCCGGAGCCUGCUUAAGUCGCAAGACGAGAGCGCGAAGAAGGUUGCCCGCUUGGAAACCUUGCUUUUGGAGGCACUGGCGAAGUCCGAUGGGGGAUCUCGUCGCCGCAAAGCAGAGCGGCAGAGGGAGCCGGGACAGGGAUGCAUGAACCCAAAGCGCCAGCGUCGUGGCGAGGCUGUGGCUGAGCGACUAUGCGAGUUGGUCCGCGUGCAGCUGUUCCUGAAGAAGCCGGCCGCAGCCAUGACUUUCUAUCCGAGCUCUGACGACAAGACUUAUGGCGUCUGCGCAGUGCUUGACCGCCUGCCGCAUAGCUUCGCGUGUCUCGCGCUGGCAGCGGACAAGUCCCGACGGGCGGACCUUAACAAGACGCUGAGCGAGUGGAAGACAAGGGCUGCAGCACGGGUCCGGGACAUUGCGCUCCCGAAGCUUGGAUUCUUCCGGGACGAGCGCGACGAGGCAAGCCCGUGGGCAAGGGACAACGCACGGACGCUGGAGCAGAUUCGCGAGCGCAUUGGGUUCGGGGCGGAUGAGAGCGAUGAUCUGGUGUUGAGCAACUGGGCUAACGACCGCGACGGGAUGCCCUUUGCUUCUGCGGCGUUUGCGGCGUGCGCAAAGGCUGCCUUCAUUCCGAAGAAGGCUGCACUGCCGCUCACUUUGAAGGUGUACCACCUUGCGUGGCUAGAGCACGUGGUGUCCGACAGCAUCAUGUACUGGGAGCAGAGGAUGGGCCGUCUCUCUAACUCGGCGGGGGGGAACGGCCACGUGGUGAACAGGCUGAAGGUGCUUGUGAAGGGCUCCGUUUCACAGGCCAUCCGUCACUUCAAUCCAGAGUACGACGAGGAGAAAGAGGAGUGGAUAUGGGGACGCCAUGGCCUCCGCCUUUCUGCAUGUGGGCUUGAGAGCAUGAAGCCCAAUGCAGGCGCUAGCGGAGGAGACGCCGCCGGGAACGAUGUGCAGUCGGUGUCUGUCGGGGGCGACCAUGUUACGAGCGGUGCGAAACCUCAACGUGGCCCAACUGCCACGCUGGUGGUCGCGGGUGUCGUGCACCAACCCUGUGAGCUGCGAGAAGGGGUAACACAUAGUACGAUGGCGGGUGUUGAGGACACGUGGGACAAGCAGGUGGUGAGAUGGCGCGUGGUGAUCAACCAGUUUCUGAACAAGGACGCGGCGGACUCGGGCGCCACCAGCCGCAUUGACAAGCAGGCCGCCAUGGCCCGCCGCCGCGACACGGGCUUCGGGUCGUACGGGCCGAACGUGACGAGUUCGUUCUACUCAGCGUUUGAGAAACACCCACUGGUUGGAAAGAGCGUGCUGAUCAUCGGCAGCCAGUGGCCGUGGGUGGAGGCCAUCUGCCUGGGCUUCGAUGCACACGCCAUCACCACCGUUGACUUCAACCGGCCGAUUGCGUCCCACCCGAAGCUGCGGCAGCUGGUGGUGAGCGAGCUGGAGGGCAGCAGCGAGACGUGGGACGUGGCUGUCUCCUUCUCCUCGCUCGAGCAUGAUGGGCUCGGCCGCUACGGCGACCCCAUCAACCCCAACGGCGACCUCGAACGCAUGAAGAAGGGGGCUGUGGUGGAAGGAUAUGGGCUGCUGCGGUGCAAGGUGGGCUGUAGUGGAGCAAGGUGGGCUUUAGUGGACGUAGGCUGGGGCGGCACAAUGUGGGCUGGGGCGAAAAGGUGGGCUGUGAGCAAGGUGGGGUGUGGUGGAGCAAGGUGUGCUGCGGUGGACCAAGGUGGAUCCGGCGCAAGGUGGGGUCCCGCGGCACAGAAUGAGCCACCCGUUUGUUGCCGCAAGGAGGAUCAAGGGGCUGCUUAUCCAGGAGGGCUGCUGUUCCUGGGCGUGCCCACAGGCAACGACACACUGGUAUUCAACGCCCACCGCAUAUACGGGCCCAUCCGCAUGCCACUGCUCAUCUCGGGCUUUCACCUGCUUGACGUCUUUGGGAUCGACAGCCUGGAAAAGCUGUACAGCGAGAAUAUCAACGCUGACAUUGUCCAGCCGCUCCUUGUCCUCCGUCGUGAUUAG